UCUUUGAGUGUCACCUAAUAUUUCCACUAAAGUAGAUAUUACAGCCAUAGCUGUAAACGAUAUCGUAAAAUAUCUUAUUGGUCUUAAUAUAAAGUUAGCAGUGUGGUUAAGGUUACGGUUAGGCUUAAAAUCAUAUUUUAACAAGAGAAAUUGUAGAAAUAGGCGGGGUUUAUGACUUUGUGGCUGUUGUAACUAGUGACGACCCUUACCUAACCGAACGAAAAUAACAAACAUUCGAAGUGAACGACAGAGAACGCCGCAGUGUACCAGGCCUGUGCUGCGUGAGCCCCUGGCACUGCCUCCUCAUCCACCAGGCUGCUCCUCAUCCACCAGGCCUGGCCGGUGCCAGAGAGGGAGAGAGACAGCACCUCCUCACAACACUACAGCCCAGAGGUGUCUGCCUGUGGUCCACACCAACUUGUGGCCAACUUGUGGCCUGUGGUCCACACCAACUACCCCUAGAGGAGUCAUAUUUACAGUUGGGGCCAUGGAGUCCUCUGAUGAAGAGGAGGGGCGCACCUUCGUCCAGGUGGUCAGUGAGAAGUACAACCCAGAGAAUUUCCCAUACUGUCGUGGGAACGGCAUGGGUGUCGUGGUACUGUCUAGUUCACAGGGGUCGCCCAUCAAAGAUCGUCUGAACCUGCCCAGUGUGCUGGUCCUGGACGGUUGUGGCAUCAGUAAAGCUGGGGACAAGGCUGAGGUGGCCACCUUCUGUGCCCACGUGGUGGAGCUGGACCUGUCCCACAACCAGCUGCAGGACUGGGGGGAGAUCUGCACGAUUGUGUCUAACAUCCCCAACCUGGACUUCCUUAACCUGAGUAUGAACCCUCUGAGUGGGAUUGAACUGGAGCCAGGCCUGGCUGAGGUGUUCUCCCGAGUCCGCCGCCUGGUCCUCAUCAACACGCGUGUCACCUGGGACACGGUACACACACUCACACGCCAGACCCCUGAAUUGGAGGAGCUCUUCCUUUGUCUGAAUGAUUAUGACCAGGUUGCUGAGUCCCCGGUCCCCUGCCCCUCCCUGCGCCUGCUCCAGAUCACAGACAACCAGCUACAGGAGUGGAGUGAGGUCCGUAAGUUUGGGCCGAUGUACCCGUGCCUGGACACCCUGGUGUUGUCCAACAACAGACUCAGCUCUGUGGAGGAGGACACACCUCAGGACACACUGCAGCGCCUGUUUCCUAACCUGCGCAGCAUCAACCUCAACAACUCAGGGCUUAACCGAUGGGAGGACAUAGAGAGGCUGAAUUUCUUCCCUAAGCUGGAGGAGGUGAGGCUGAUGGGGAUUCCCUUACUGCAGCCUUACACCAACAAAGAGAGACGCAGCCUCACUGUGGCACAGUUGCCAUCUGUGACUGUGUUGAAUGGGAGUGUGGUGACGGAAGGAGAGAGGGAAGACGCUGAGAGGUUCUUCAUCAGACAUUACCUGGACUGUUCUGAAGAGACUCUGCCUCAGAGGUACCACGUCCUGGUGUCCAAGUACGGGCAGCUUGCCCCGUUGGCAGAGGUGGACCUGCGUCCGCCCUGCACGGCCACCCUGGAGGUGCGCUGGGGCGAGCGGACGGAGGAGCUGAGCCUGCGGCUGGAGCAGACGGUUGGGGAGCUCAAGAAGGAGCUCAGGGCGCUGGUGGGGCUGCCAGCCAACGGCAUGCGACUGUACUACAUUGCCCGCGAGCUGGGCUCUGCACUGGGACCUGAGGAGAUGAAGUACGGCAGCCGGGCACUCCACUCGUACAUGAUCCAAGACGGGGAUGAGAUCCUGGUGGUGCCCAAAACCAAGAGCCGCACCAUCUCAUCCACCUCCUCAGACUCCUAAGAAGUGGUGUGUGUGUGGAGGACUCAGAACUUAAUUACAGACUGACCAGCUUCUGGCCACCAACUUUCUAUGCAGUCUCUUUUUUUUAAUGGUUUUAUUCUGUUUCCUAAAUUACAUUGAUUGUAAAGAUGUUUAUUAGCAAAGCCUCUUACUGUAUACACACACGACUCACACAUGUAUGCUACACGCACACUAUCACACUGAGGGGUCAAGUUAUGGCUAGGUGCGAAGCACCGCUAUUGUCACCACUGUGAUUUUCCAUUGCGUUUGGUCUGUCAAAAGAGAGCACAGAAGAGUGUUUUAUCAGAAAUAUUUAUGGUUUUUAAGUUAAUGUUAACACAAUAGCAUAGUCCCCCUCUCUCCCACUCAGUCUUGAACCACGUGCUUCAGAUGUCCUGAGAUAACCUCUGAGUCAGAAUUGGAGGGUGGUGCACUGAGAGACUUGCUCCAUUGAGCUUUGAGGAUAAUAGAGCUUGUGACACACAGAGACCACACGGAACAUCACUGACCUCAACUCACACAGGUGACCUGGCAGGAGGAGGGGAGGUGCACUGCGCUCAGGUUGCUUCAGGUCGUCUUGCUGUCUGUUUCCUCAUGAAUGGAGCAGCUCUCUACCCCCUUGCUGAGGGGAGUGGGGAUGGGAUGUGAGGGGGAGUGGGUGUUGGAAGGAGAACCCCAGGCCAACCUCACUGGGUAACCACACACCGGCCACUGUGUCACGGUCACUUCCUCUGUGCUUGGAUUUCAAUUGGUUCGCCCAACAGGCUGUGGCCUUCCUCACCUCUCUCUAUCGCUCCCUCUCUCGUCCUCUCGCCCCGUCUCACACCUGCACUGGAACCAGUGUCCAUUGUUUUAGUCGACCCUGGGUCAAUGAUGCACCCCCAGAAUUUGUGCUCUCCCAUUGAUGCAUUUUGUCCAAUAGGUGUCUUCUGAUUCAGAGACCUUCUCCAAUUGGCGGAUAGAUGUGAGAAAUGACCAAUGGGAAAUCACAUCUUGUUGUUGCCCAGUCCUAUGGGCAGUAAACCAAGGUGAACCACAUACUGGGUUUAUUUACCAAUUACUUUACCAAUUACAUUUCCCUUUUUAAUCUAAAUUCCUCUGAUGUUUUUACGUUACAUAUUAUGUGGAAAACUUAAGAAAAUAAUGUUUGCAAAAGCUAAAUAAACGUGACUAUCUGUCACAGCUAGGCUUUGUUUAAAUAACUGGAUGACUUUUGUCCUUUGGGAAUUAUUUUAGGUGAAUCUCAGGUGCUUCUUGAUCCUUUAAUAUGUUGUGUUUGCAUGAUUGGUAAUGGUAAAGUGUGUAAUACUGUAUGUGGGCUGGGAUCAUGGAUUUUUUUUAGUGGGCCAUUUAAUAUUUGGGAUUGCAUGGACUUUUAACAAAUUAGAGGGACCUACGCUAAAAGUGUAUACUAUAGUACAUAUGUGUUUAUCUGAUGUUACAUGAAGUUAUUGGAGGAUGAUCAGAUCGAUAACUAUUGUUUAGUGAUUAAGAUUUUUUCUGAAAGCAUCAAUGCCUCCAGUAAAAAAAAAAAAAUGUUAUUUUGUCUUUGGCUAAAAUCAAAUUAAAUGCACACAAAUAGAUCAUUUAUGUACCAAUGUUUUCCUGCAGACUGUUAAAUCUGACUAUUCGUAGCACUGUAAUUCACUUCUGUCUACAACCUUUUACCAUGGCCUUGAUAUCUGGAAAUAAAUGUUUUAGAUACUUUGGUUUUAUGAGGACGUUUUGCUUUAUUAUGGUGAUGUUUUAUGGUUUUCUCUUUUAUUUUGGCAAUGCUUUAUUUUACAGCCCUAUUUCACAUCCUAUUUACCUAGAACUUCUUGUAUUACGUGAUAACAAUGGAUAUUUUCUGCUACUUACUGUAUGUACUUCAAGGAAUUCAAUAUAGUUGGUAACUUCCACCAAAUGGUAGAAGUGUUCUUUGUAUCAAUGAAUGCCAAAGAAACCAGGAGGAAAUUGUUAUAUAAUUAGGUUUGUUUUAUAUUAUUUCCAAGUAAAUAUUGGACUAAGGAAUAAAGUAUUGCGUGUUUCUUUGACUUUUUAAAUGAACUGUAUGCUAACAUAAAGAGGCUAAGGACCA